GCAUUCAGUCAUCUGAAGAAAGUUGUAGAACAGAGGUGGAGAACGAUUCAUGAUUUGUGGACUUCAACUCCAGAAUUCCUGAGCCGGCCAUUGUUCCCCCACCCCUAUUGUAGAAUAUUGGUGGCAAACCUUCAUGGGUCAGAAAUUUGAGCACCCCAAGUUAAAAAGAUCUCCCAAGCUGUAUGGUUAUCAGAUUUUAGAACCAGAAGAACAAGAAGAAAGCAACGAGAAAGAAAACAUCAAGGAUUUGGAAAAGAGUAGCAAGCAAUUUGAUGAAAUCCUUGGAAUGGCAGACUCAAGAAAUGGUGCUGUUGGCUUGUAUAACAUUGGAUUGAGCUGCUGCAUCAACUCAUUGCUUCAAAGCUUCUUAAUGAACAGAUACUUCACUUCAAUACUCCGGAGGAUCAAUGUACCGCAUGGAACAGCAGAACGGAAUGCCAGUGUCCCUUAUCAAAUGCUUCUGCUGUUGGAAAGUAUGCAGCGGGCCAAGGGGAAGUCCGUGCGCCCUUUCGAUCUUUUCUACUGCCUUUCUCAUCAUGGUGUGAGAUUGUUUGUUGUUCACGAUGCUUCGGAAGUCUAUUACAAAAUCUGGAACCUACUUAAAGACCAAAUUGCAAACACAGACCUGGUUGAAAGAUUGACUGAUCUAUAUAUCAUCCGUUUGCAAGAGCUCCUGGUGUGCCAGAAAUGUUCCCAUGAAAUAAAGAUAGAAAGUAAACAGCUAAUGCUUCAUCUUCCAAUGUUUGAUUUUGAUUCUCAUCUGAUUAUUAACUUAGAAAAUUCACUACACUGCUUUUUCAGACCAGAGCAAUUAACUAAAGAAAAUAUGUGCCACUGUGGAAGGUGUAACAAGAAAACAUCACAUAUGCGGAGGAUAAAAAUAAGUUAUUUGCCACGCAUGUUGACACUGCAUCUCAUUCGCUUCCGUUCCAAAGAUGGCAGCAGAACCAGGAAAAUCACACAUAGCUUGGCUUUCCCACCAGAGCUUGAUUUCAGCCAGAUCUUGACCCUGGAACAGUAUCAACCAGAUCCUAAAAAGAAGAAUGAUGGGUUGUAUGAUCUCUUUGCGGUGAUUGCCCACUCGGGACCAGCUGACUUUGGUCAUUAUUGUGCCUAUAUCUGGAGUCUCACCGAAAGCAAGUGGUAUUGCUUCAACGAUUCCAGUGUUUGUGAGGUAUCCUGGGAUGAUAUCAAAUGUACUUAUGGAAGACAGUCUCUCUGUUGGGGUGAAACUGCCUACCUUCUGGUUUACAUGAGAAAAAAUGGCACAUCGGUGUAAAUGGAAAUGAAGACUUACGAUAACUGACGAUAAGCUCCCAUUCACACUUCCCCCCUAAACAGAAGCCAGCAAGUUGAACCCAUUGCCCAUCAGUGAAUGAGCAUGCACAUGAAAAAUGUACAUUUUAGAGGGAGAAUUAAGAAUGUAGUUAGCACUUUUGAGCCCUCCAGAAAAUGAGUGCAUAAGCAAAACAACUAAUUUCUUUCAGAAUAGCUCUGGAAAGCUUCCCAUAACUCCUUCCUGGUGAUCCAGGAAGCUUCUGGGAUGAGAAGUGAAAUGUCUUCAAGGAAAAACAAAGAAAAUGCAAUUGCCUCUUGAAAAAGCAUCUCUGGGACAACCAUGACCUGAAUGACAGAAUCUCCAUAGUCCGAUAUAAAUUAUAGUUCUU